CUGUUAUUGAGGAGGAAGUGUUGUCAGAAGACAUAACAGAAGAUCACAAGUAUUCAUGUGAAGCUUGCGUGAGCGGUUGCUCUAAAAUAUAUUGACCAUCGAUGCCAUCAAUACAAACUUGAUUGCUGGACCGAGCAGUGCGGUGCCAUCCUGCCCAUGGUGUUGAAGGUCGUGUAAGGAUCAAGGGGAGACUGUAUAAUUCGGGCACGCUAUGGGCGACUUGAAACUGGAUGAAAAUGUGUUUUGUGAACACCUCCAGUCGUUUUACAACAGCUGGAAGGAGGGAGGUCCAAGCUGGGGACAGGAUGAUCAGCUGGCAACCGCUAUUGCCAUCCCUGCGGGAGCAUCUUCAGGGGAGUUGCGAUACCUGAAGAGCACCUCCUUGCAAUUGUGGCUCUUUGGAUAUGAGAUCCCAGACACAAUCCUUGUCUUCACAAAGGAGGCCCUCCACGUGCUGUCAAGCGGGAAAAAGGCUGCCUUGAUAAGCGAGCUGGCGGCACCCUGCAAGGAGAGGGUGGGCGUGGAGAUGGUGAUGCACCCCAGGCCCAAGAGUGAAGACGGCAGCACACAGAUUACCGAGCUGUUGGACGUGAUCCGUGCAUCUGCAGACGCGCCAGUUCUGGGCUUACACCAAAAGGAGCAAAACCCCCUGGGAAAGGUGGCAGGGCUCUGGAUGAAAUUACUGGAGGACGCUGCGCUGCAGCAGACUGACGUGGCGGCCGGCUUCUCAGAGCUUCUGGCCGUCAAGGAUGCCGUGGACGUGCAGAAGGUCAAGAAGGCUGCCUUCCUGGCCGCCAGCGCCAUGAAAAACUUUUCUGUGGGGGAGCUGGAACGCAUCAUUGACGAGGAGAAGAGGGUGAAGCACACAAAGUUCGGGAGCAAGAUCGAGGAUGCGGUCAGGGAUCCCUCCAAGUGCAAGGUGAAGCUCAAGGCCGAGAACGUGGACAUCUCCUACCCGCCCAUCGUGCAGUCCGGCGGCGUGUACGACCUGCGGCCCAGCGCCGUCAACGAUGACCGGCCGAUGCAGUACGACGUGGUUCUCAUGGGCAUCGGCGCCAGGUACCUCCAGUUCUGCGCCAACAUCGGGCGCACAUACCUGGUGGACCCCAGCAAGACGCAGCAGGAUGAGUACGCCGCACUGCUGGCGGCCCUCGAAGCCGCCAGCAAGGCGCUCGUGCCCGGCGCUCCCUGCUCCGAUGUCUUCGGCGCCGCCGUCAAAGCACUGGAGGAUGCAGGGCAGGGUCACUUGGUGGCCAAGCUCUUCAAGAACAUCGGGUGGAGCUUGGGCACGGAGCUGCGCGAGAUGCACUACGGGCUCACAGCCAAGAACGCCACCCUCAUCAAGCCUGGCAUGAUCUUCAACCUCAGCAUCGGUGUGAGCGGUCUGGAGAGGUCGGACCCUGGUGAGGGCCAGGCGAAGGAGUAUGCACUGCUAGUGGCAGACACCUACUAUGUGCCAGCCGAGGAAGGCAAGGCAGCGGAGUGCCUCACCAGCCUAGCACCACGCGCAUGGGCCGACGUUGCUUACUACUUCAAGGAGAAUGAGGAGGAGGAGGAGAAGCAGCCUGCGCCCAAGGCGCCGAGGGACAAGGAUGUGUUUGCCGGCAACAAGAACCUGCGCAGCGAGGACAACAAGUUCCGGGAACGCGACCAGGACCGGAGGAAGCAGAAGGAGAACCAGGAGGAUCUGCUGCGCAACGCGAACGAGAACACGCUGCGAGCGCUCAAGGCGAGCGAGGCCGGCAGCGGGGGCGCGACCGUCGGCCGCAAGGCGUCCGCUCUGGAGUCCUACAAGACCAUCGACGAAAUCCCCUCCACUCGCGAACUGGCCAUGCAGGUGGACCAGAAGAAUGAGUCACUGCUGGUGCCCAUCUACGGCCUCAUGGUGCCCUUCCACAUCCUCACUGUCAAGAACGUCUCCAACAACCAGGACGGGGACCACGCCUACAUCAGGCUAAACUUCAACUUUGGGCCCACGUUUGAGCCGGGCGUCAAGUUCCCUCAGGCCAUCUUCCUCAAGGAGCUCUCCUACCGCACCUCUGACACCCGCCACGCCACCAAGAUAGUCCAGGAGAUCAAGGUGCUGCGCAGCAGUGUGAGCCAGCGCGAAAAGGAGAGGGCCGAGCGAGCCACCCUCGUGCAGCAGGAGCGCCUGAUCAAGGCCAAGGGGCGGGUGUACACCCUGAACGACGUGUGGAUCCGGCCGGCGUUUGGCGGGAAGGGCCGCAAGAUGACUGGGCAGCUGGAGGCACAUGCCAACGGUCUUCGGUACUCCACUCCCAAGGGAGAGACCCUGGACAUCAUGUACAGGAACAUCCGGCAUGCGUUCUUCCAGCCGGCUGAGAAUGAGAUGAUGACGCUGCUGCACUUCCACCUCAUCGAUCCCAUCAUGGUGGGCAAGAAGAAAACGAUGGACGUGCAGCUGUACACGGAGGUGAUGGAGAGCGUGCAGACCAUCGACGCCGGCCGCCGCUCCAUGUACGACCCCGACGAACUUGAGGAGGAGCAGCGCGAACGCGACGCCAAAAACCGGAUCAACAAGACCUUCCAGAGCUUCAUGAAGCACGUGCAGCAGGACGUGUGGGAGCGAGACUACGGGGACCUGGAGCUGGAGUUUGAGAUCCCCUUCCGGGACCUGGGCUUCAGCGGCGUGCCUCACCGCACGACGGGCUUCAUCAUGCCCACUGUGAACUGCCUGGUGGAGCUGAUCGAGAUGCCCUUCACGGUCAUCACGCUGGCCGACAUCAACGUGGUCAACCUGGAACGCGUCGGCUUCGGCCUGCGCGCCUUCGACAUGGCCAUCGUGCCCAAGGACUUGACGAAGGACGUGAUACGCAUCGACGCCAUUCCCCAGCAGUCUCUUGACACCAUCAGGGACUGGCUGACCUCGAUGAACAUCAAGUAUUACGAGUCCAAGAUGAAUCUGAACUGGAAGCCCAUCCUGAAGAGCAUCACUGACGACCCGGAGGGUUUUGUGGAGAAUGGCGGCUGGGACUUCCUGGACGCAGAGGGAGGCGACGACGACGAGGAAGGGGACGAAUCCGAGGAGGAGGACGAAUUCAAGCCGGACAGCGAGGAAGAAGAGGAGGCGGAGAGCGACGAAGACGAGGAUGAUAGCGACGUGGACGAGGAUGAAGACGAAGAAGAUGAGGAGGAGUACAGCGAGGAGGACGAGGAGGAGGAGGGCAUGAGCUGGGAGGAGCUGGAGCGGGAGGCCAUCCGGGAGGACCGGAAGCGCGGAGCUGAGGAGGAAGUGGACGAGGAGCCCAAGGGCAAGAAGGCCAAGAAGGGCAGGCGAUGAUCCGCCAGCGGCUGUGCUGAGCUAGCGUCUGCGCUCACUGCAGCUCUGGUUGCGCUUGCACUUCCUUAUAUGCAGACUGCUGUACCUGUUGUUGAGCAAUGCUGAAAUUUGGUGCAACAUGCUGAUGCUUGCUGCAAAUCCUCACCGGGAACCUCUUCCUGUACUACCGGGUGCUGAUGCCACAAGUGUUAUCGGGGCAAUGAGAAGCGGCUGCAAUGACAGAGGUGGGAAGUGGAACAAGGUUGAACUUGACGUCAAGAUUGUUGCAGCUCAUGAGGUGCUGCUGCGUUCAUUUGAACUUAUUACUUCAACGAUCAACAAUGGAAGAACAGUUGUGUUGUAUUUGUCUUGUGCUGCGCGUUCAUGCUGCCGUCAACAGAAUAACGCUGUAAGAUCAGCAGGC